CUCAAUCCAUUUGCUGGGUCUGCAAAUCACAGAAAUGGCAGCAGCAGCUAAGAUAGCAUCACCUCAUCCACUUCCAUAUCCUUUAUCUUCCAUUUCUCUGCCUUCAAAAUUGAACACCAAGGAACUCACCCGCCACCACCCCCAACUAUGGCUAGGACAGGGCCGAGCCCCGACAAGACACAACAGGCAGGUGUUGCGGGUGUCCCUGCAAGAACAUGUUUCAUCUUCAUAUCUUUUCAUGGAGCAGUUGCAGCUCCACCACCACUACUAUCAGAAUCAAGACUCCAUGUUUUUACUGGCGGAGAGCGUGGGUUACUCAUUGGCUAGCUACUAUACUUCUCUGGGUCUCUUUGUUAUCUCUGUUCCUGGCCUUUGGUCCCUUAUCAAACGCUCUGUUAAGUCCAAGAUUGUGCAGAAGACGUUUAUAGGUGAAGGAGAAGGGAAGAAGGCACCGAACCAAGUUGCCGGAGAAAUAUUAUCUUUCUUUACUCGCAAUAAUUUUGUGGUCACUGAUAGAGGAGAGACCAUCACGUUUGAAGGCAUGAUGGUUCCUAGCCGAGGCCAAGCAGCAUUGCUUACUUUUUGCACCUGCAUCAGCUUGGCAAGCGUUGCCCUUGUUCUUACUAUAACAUUUCCAGAUUUUGGCAAUAACUGGUUCUGGAUUACCAUUCUAAGUCCAUUGGCAGGGGCAUACUAUUGGAAGCGAGCAUCAAGAAAGGAGCAGAUCAAGGUUAAAAUGAUGGUCGCUGAUGAUGGGACCUUAACCGAGAUAGUAGUUCAAGGAGAUGACCAGCAAGUAGAUCAAAUGAGGAAGGAGCUUCAGCUCAGUGAAAAAGGCAUGGUCUAUGUUAAGGGCUUGUUUGAGAGAUGAAGAAACGUUGUUCCCACACGGCUGGAGCUUCACAUCCAUGCCAAUGCAGUUGAUGAACUAGCAAUUAGGAAACAAUUGUUCUAAGGUGUGAAAAUUUUGCGCAGCAUACAGUUUAUUCAUAACACGAAACAAUUCAGAUGUAAUCAAUAACAUCGUUUGGAGUUUGUAUGGUACUUUGAACCAAAAAUAUAGGUACAUCAUCAAGAUGCUCAUGAGAUUGCUCUUCAA